GCAGGAUCAAAUCCCGCUCCGGUGCAGUUGGACUGAGGGAGGCGCAUCAGCUGGUUGCAGGGAACCCGGAGUUCCGCGUCUGGACCCGAGCCAAAAGCUGUCUGGUGUCAAACCAGCCCGAACAGAUACGCCGAGACAUCUCAUUUCUUCCCUUCAUUCCUGAAGCGGCAGCCUGCCCACCCACCCCUUGUGUAAAGUAUUUGAACCUGAUAGCUCAUCACCCGUCUGUCCCCUGCGUGAGGAUCUCUGCGGGGCUAUAAGACGCUCUGCGGAGCCUUCCUCCCGCAGAUCCCAUGGCUUUUACGCGCAGAUCGCCUUUGCUCUCACUUCUCUUUACUUCAGACUUGAUUUGUUGACCCACCGACAUUUUUUUAUUUUUUUAUAAUUAUAUACAUCUAUUUUCAAAUGUUUCUUCCAUCUAUGGAAAUGCUCCGUGCAUAUCCAUAAAGAACCAAAUUCUGCUUAAUAUGAACUUUUUGCCAAGUGGAAUAUGUUUCUUUCUAUCGGCAGCAACCUGCUGGCUGACGGCCAAGGUCGACGCGUCCUGGUGGUACAUGGGCACCCUGGGCUCCCAGGUGAUGUGCGACAACAUCCCCGGCCUGGUGAACAAACAGCGCCAACUCUGCCGCCAGCACCCCAAGGUAAUGCAGGCCAUCGGGGCCGGGAUGAAGGAGUGGAUCUCUGAGUGUCAGCACCAGUUCCGCAACCACCGCUGGAACUGCAACACAACGGCCAGGGACCACAACUUGUUUGGCCGUCUGCUGCUACGCGGCAGCCGAGAAGUUGCCUUUGUGUACGCCAUCUCCUCUGCAGGAGUGGUGUAUACUUUGGCCCGAGCUUGCAGCCAGGGCGACCUGGACAAUUGCUCCUGUGACCCCACCAAGAAGGGCUCAUCGCGGGACUCCAAGGGCUCCUUCGACUGGGGAGGCUGCAGCGAUCAUGUGGAGCACGCCAUUCACUUCAGCCAAAUCUUUGUGGAUGCCAAGGAAAGGAAAGAGAGGGAUGCCCGAGCGCUCAUGAACCUGCACAACAACAGAGCUGGCAGGAAGGCAGUGAAGCGCUUCAUGACUCUACAGUGUAAAUGCCAUGGCGUCAGUGGCUCGUGCAGCGUCCGUACCUGCUGGCAGGCUAUGGCCGACUUCCGUCGCACUGGUGACCAUCUGAGGAGGAGAUACAACGGAGCUGUGCAGGUCGCAGUCAAUCAGUAUGGAACUGGCUUUACAGCCGCGCACACACACUUCAAACGGCCCAGCAAAAAUGAUCUGGUCUACCUGGAAGAUUCACCAGACUACUGUAUACGGGACCCUCAGUCAGGGUCGAUGGGCACGGCGGGCCGGCUCUGCAGCCGGGCGUCCCGCGGCUCGGACGGCUGCGAGGUGAUGUGCUGCGGCCGAGGCUACGACACGGCGAGGGUCAGCCGCACCACCAAGUGCGAGUGCAAGUUCCACUGGUGCUGCGCUGUUCGCUGCAGAGACUGUCAGCAGCUGGUGGACGAGUUCACCUGUCGACUUCAGUCACUGUCUGCUGCUCCUGCUAUGCUGGCUCUAAGAAACGUCUCAUUCCUCGACCCGAAGACCAUCAGAACGGACUGAUGAAACUAAAGCACUAAAACCUGACGAUGUAGGCCGGUUCAGAUGGGCAGGGCAACAUGACUUCCUCAUUAGUCCCAUCUGCAGACCAGCGACGCCGUCCGCUGACCAUUCCUGGUUUUGUUGGCCAACGCUUCUCAUUUCUGAUCCAACCGUUUCCUAGUGAGGCUGAAAACGGCUUCAGCAGCCUGAAACAGAACAACGGUGUUCAGAUAACCCACCAGGCUCAGCGAUGCUAAACUAGAUCCAGGAAGACGUUUUAUAUUUUUCCUGGUUUUAAGCAGUGGUAUCAUGUAAAAUCAACUUCUGAGUUGAUUUAAAUUGAUAAAAUCAAUGUAUGAUGGAAUAUCAUGUUAUUCCAUCAAAAACAUACCUUGAUACUUUCAUGUAUGUUUGAGAAAUCCUUUCAUCUCCAUGGCAAACAUCAAGCUGUAAAUAAACACCUGGUUGGACAUAGACGUGUCUUUGAGCUGCAGUUUGAGUUUCUGCCUCACAGAGCAGCCUUCCCUCACUGCAGUCCUUCAGACUAGCCAGCAACAAUUAGCAAACAUCUGGUGUAACUGAGCAUCUGCUGAGCUCAUUAUAGGAGCUACUUCUUGGAGGCCUGGUGAAUAGAAGGACUGGCAGACGAAUACUCAGGUGGGAAUGAAUGGGAUCAAUGAAUGGAUAGAUGAAUUGAUAAAUACAUUUACAGAAUAAGAAUGAAGUCUGAAAAGACGAUCACUUUUCUCCAGACCAAAUUCCAUGCUGUUUCGAACUUUUCCGCCGUGGCCAGGAACCCUGAAGGCGCUUCUGCAACUUCCAGUCUUUCAGUUUGUUUUGUUGGUUUUCCUCGUGUUGAAACGUUCAGACACCUAUGAUAUUUUACAUGAUCUCCUUUCUUCACGUUUGGAGCCGAGUCACUUCACUCUGGUUUGAGGUUUCAGCUCUUCUUCCUUCCAGGAGGUCAGUGAUGCACCGCUGACCUCAUGGUGAGAAUGUGACAGGUAAACUCUGAAGCCGAGUACUCAUCUGUUC